GAGUGGAGGUGCAGCAGCCGCAGUUCACUGCAGAGAGCUUCUCCGGCAGGAAGGGCCGAGCGAACAUCAUUCGGGCUCUGCAAGUGUGGCGCGAGAUGCACGAGAAGACUUUCGGGCGGCCGCUCCUGGACCAGGAUGGCAACCUCAAGAUCAAGGAGAGGCCACACUUCGCCACAUUGCUGGAUCGAGCUCCUGAGCACUUCCACUCCUUCUAUGCCAAGGCCAAGGGGAAAAACAGCGGCGGCUCCUUCGGAGGCUGGUUCCUGGAGCAGCUGCGGUUCCGGAUGCCGGGUCGAAAGGCCGAUCGCGGUGCACUUCUGACAUGGUUCUCUGAGAUCCAUCAUGCUGCGGCGAAGCCGCUCCCGGCCACGGCAGCUGCGGCGAAGCCGCUCCCGGCCACUGCAGGCUAA